UUGCUUCAGUUUUCAUUCUACAUAUUAAAACAAUUUUAAAACGAUAAAAUAAUAUAAAAAAAAAAUAAUUUUCUGUUGUUUUAAAUUCAAAUAAAAAGUAAAAUAAAUCACACUUUAUUAAUAUAUUAAAAUUCUACAACAUUUUAUUAUCCUAAAUACAAAACAAAAACAACAUGAAAACCUCACCACAUAAAAGAGACAACAAUGAAGUACAGGCCGCCAGAGGCAGAUUGCGUGGAGCUUUAAAUGACUCCUUGCAAAAUCAGGAGGUGGACGAUAUACCCGAAGACUAUGAGGAGGAGGAAGAAGAAGAGGAACAGCAACAAAUCAUACCACAUCGUCAACGUGGUAGACCAAAGAAAAUACAGAGCUCAGCCGAUAGGCUGUCACCUUCAGCUGGUUUUCUAACACCUAGUAAAAGGCGAAAGAGAGAACAUCAUCAGGCUGGUGGUUCAGGCGGACAAAAAAUACAGGCUGAAAGUUUUGUUAUGAAACUAUUCGAUCGUAGUUUAGAUUUAUCCAAAUAUUCCGAACAAACUUCACUCUAUCCCAUUUGUCGGGCGUGGAUGGCAAAUCAACCACGUAAUCCCAGUAUACGCAGUUAUCGUGACGCUAGAUCACCAUCUCCCACAGAACGCAAAGACAAUGGUUUAGAAUUAUUGGCGAAAUUACGCAAGGGAGAUAUGCGUGAUGUUUGCAGUAUGCCAAAACCCAAAAAGACUGAUGUCCCCAAGAUACCAACACCCACAGUGGAACCCAAAAAAUAUAGUAAAUCAGAAGAACUAGUUGCUGACAAUAAUGAAUUGAAAGAUGGCUCAAAGGAGGAACUGCUAGCACAGCACUUGGGCAAAUGGAAACAAGUUAAAAGCGAUUGGCAAAAACACACCAAAGUCUAUCAGAAACGACAUGAAGUUAGUUAUCAAAUUUUGGAGUUGCUGUUUAAACCUUAGAAGGGACAUUAAAAAAUAUUGAGAAAUACAUUUAUGAAUAGAAAUUAUGAAUAGAAAUAAGAAUUUUUUAUGUUAUAAAAAACAUACAUUUAUUUCAAAAUGUAUAUAACAAUUUAAAUUGUUAAAUUCAGUAUAAGAACUCAAUUUGUUUUCUUUUUGGCUAUGUAAAACAAUAGAGAGCCAAAAAAUAGCAGCAUCUGAUAUUUCAUUUGUAAUAACAAAAAAAUAAAACAAUAAAAAAGAUGUUCUAUGAAAGAAACACAUU